UCGCUGGUGCUGCUUUCAACUAAAACAUUAUGGGCAGGGACACUGGAGAACAUCAUCAGAGACUGCUGUAGACUCAAAGAGGCCUCCUCCACGUUCUGGAUCUCCAGCAGCUUCUACCAUUCCAGGCUGGAUCGGUCUUCAAAGCAGAGGCGAUGGCAUUCUAUCCACUGCAGAUUGCUGGUCUGGUUCUUGGCUUCCUUGGCAUGGUCGGGACUCUUGCCACAACCCUCCUGCCCCAGUGGAGGGUAUCGGCUUUCGUUGGCAGCAACAUCAUCGUUUUUGAAAGGCUCUGGGAAGGGCUCUGGAUGAACUGCGUCCGACAAGCCAAGGUCCGGCUGCAGUGCAAGUUCUACAGCUCUUUGUUGGCUCUCCCACCUGUCCUAGAGGCAGCCAGGGCCCUCAUGUGUGUCGCCGUCGCUCUCUCGCUCAUCGCUCUGCUUCUCGGCAUCUGCGGCAUGAAGCACAUCCGGUGCACGGGCUCCAAUGAGAGGGCCAAAGCGUACCUUCUGGGGACCUCUGGGGCCCUCUUCAUCCUGACCGGCAUCUUCGUUCUGAUUCCUGUGUGCUGGACGGCCAACAUCAUCAUCAGGGAUUUCUACGACCCAGCCAUCCACGUGGGGCAGAAACGAGAACUGGGAGCAGCCCUCUUCCUCGGCUGGGCCAGCACCGCCAUCGUCUUCAUCGGAGGUGGUUUGCUCUGCGGGUUCUGCUGUUGCAACAGAAAGAAGCCGAGACACCGAUACCCAGCCCCGGGAUACUGCGUGCCCCACGUGGAGAAGCGGAGGAACGUGACCUCCACCAGCUAUGUCUAGCACCUGCUUUGGGCUCCAACUGUGGAUUCCAGUCAGAGGUUUUUAUAGAGCCCUGCCAGACGCUGUAAGUACGUCGGGCGCGAGAACUGGCCUUAUGGCUUCAUUUCAAUGGAGAGGAAAGUAUAGACGAUAGAUAGAUCGUACUUGGUCACCCGUGGUAGGAAUAGAAAUGGCUUACUUUGGACAUUCUAACUCCGUAUGUAUUAAAUGCAUUUACUAUUAUGAGACACAAAUGAUCCCCGUUCCAAUUUGUGGAGUCGAAAAUCGAGUAUAUCCACAACCUUAGUAUAAUGAUAACUACUGUUUUGUUUUGUUUUGUUUUGUUUUGUUUGACAAUCAUGGAGCAUCUGCUAGGAAAUGCAAAUUUUAUUGCAAUUGAUAACGCACACCAGUAAAAAAUACUCUAAACCAUAACCCAAGUUAAUUUUCCUCCACAUUAUUUCUUAGACUAAUACAGUAACAAGUGAAAUGUGGACUUUCCUUUUUUAAACAAUUAAUCUGAAAAAUAGUAGAUCUGAAAUACGGAUAUUUUUAAAUGUUUAUUUAUUUUUGAGAGAGAGAAAGAGCAUGAGCAGAGGACAGGUGGAGAGAGAGGGAGACAUAGAAUCUGAAGGAGGCUCCAGGCUCUGAGCCUAAUGCUCCAACCCAUGAACCGUGGGAUCAUGACCUGAGCCGAAGCGGGAUGCUUAACCGACUGAGCUACCCUGGCACCCCUCAAAUAAAGAUUUUUAAUUGAAUUUAUCAAAAUAUGGAAAUGCCCAUCCAAUGAAAAGAUAUGUUAUUCCCUUAGGAAACUCAAAUGCACUGGCAAUUAGACACUUUCAGGGGAAAAAGAGGGGAUCUGAUUUCUCUUAGGAAAUUUAUGAAGAUGAUGUUAAAGCACCUAAAUUAUACAGUUAGGCUUGCCUGGAAUUAUAUAUUCAAAGAAAAAUAAUUUAUAAAUGAGAAGUAAUAUGUUCUAUAACCUCUGAUUUGUGCCUACAGCAAACAGAAGUAUCUAUCUUGAUAAAGUACAUCAGUACAAGAGUAUGAGCACUCAACUGUCAUCAAGAGGAAAUACGGUCCUAAUUAGGGAACUGAGGUUUGGGUGUUGAAGGGAAUGGUUUCUGUUCCUUGUUUUAUUCUUUAGUCAUUGUUCAGGUCUGCACACGCAAAGUAAAAUGAAGAAUUAAGGUAAUGAUUCAGGCAAUUAGUCAGGCUAAAAUAAGUACCUCCAUUUUAUUCUCUAAUAAAUAAAUAGGGAUGGUUAAGGCAUCGUGUUUUGCUUGAAUUAUGUAUAUUAUUUUCUCAAUUCUUUACUCCUCAUGCAUUUAACAUGCACAUGUAAUAUGCCGAUAUGGUUAAAAGUAUGUGAGGGGGGUGGAGAGGAAUGGGUAUAUAAGUGUUUGUGGGGCAAGACCACUCCUAUGGGUUGCUUCUGAAUAUCUCCAGUAUGUUGUGAACCAAUCAAUGUUUAUAUAUCCAGUUCUAACUCUUCAAAUAUUAUGUUUAUUUUAUAGUAAAAAAUGUAUUUAAUUUGCAGUACAUAAUUGCAAUGAACAGAUUAAAUUUG